AACGCAAAAGAUUGCGUAAAACUGUUCAACCCCUUAUGCGAAACAAAGAGCUAACAAAUCCAGAUUUAGAUGCUGCGUAUGGUGAUCAGAUAAAUAGCAAUCGGUUUCAUGCAUACCCAAAUUAUGCACCUUAAAAGAUCAUUCUGUCAUAAGAUGCUUAAGUAUGCUUAACCGGACUAUUGGAUAGUGUAAUGCAAUGGCAGUAAAUGCUUUUAGAUUAAUGAAUCUCAAUUGGAUACUCCGCGCCGAAUAAAAAGGAAAAUCACUCAACCGCCUAUACUAAACGAAGAGACAACACAUUCAGAUAAUGAUGCUGCAUUUGACGAUCAGAUGAAUUUACAUGGAGUGGAGAGGAAUAUGCAGAUAGAUUCAGUCUGUGUAGUAUCCAAUGAAAAUGAUAAUGAGAUGUCUUAUCCACCUCUAGAUAUAUCAUCCGAUGAGUAUAGUGAUUAUUAUUAUUCUUCGGAUGACAAUGUGCACAGUCAGUCCAGAGAUGUACCUAAGGCGGUUAAAAGAGGUCGCAGAAAAGCGGCCAGUGUUGAUGAGAAUGGUCGAAACUAUGUGGGGAGAAUGGACGUUCAGUGUCCAUUUUGUGGCGCAUUGCAUUGGAUUGAUGAAAAAACAUCUGAUUCAUCUUUUGUAAACCCCAAAUUCAGUAAAUGUUGUCACAAAGGAAAGGUGAAACUACCAGCACUCCUUGAACCUCCUCCGGCACUAAAAGAGUUAUAUGAAGGAGAUGAUGAUCGUUAAAAAGACUUCAGAGAUAAUAUCAGAAGUCACAAUGCUGCUAAUGCCUAUACAAGUCUAGGAUGCAAAUACGACACGAGAGCCAAAAAAGGUAGGGGUCCGCCAAGCUUUUUGAUACAUGGAGAAUUGCGACAUUAUAGUGGUUCCCUGAUGCCAGCAAAAGAAGCAGAAGCAAUUUACUGGCAGUUGUUCUUAUAUGAUCCAGCUCAUGCAUUGUCCAUAUGUGAAAAAAGAAAUCCAAAUCUAAGUAGAGAAGUUCUUGCGACAAUUCAAGAUACACUACUACAGCACAACAUAUUCACUCCAUUAUAUCGCCAGGCACACGAAAUUCUGAAAGAUAAACAUGCUUCAUCUGAUAAACCUGUCCAAGUUUCUCUUCAUUUUAAUGAGAAUUCUGAUAAGCGACGUUACAAUCUUCCGGCUGUUGAAGAAGUAUCUAUCAUCGUACCUGAAAAGCCUAGCGACGUAACGGCAACUCGCGAUAUUCUAUUGCACCUAAAAGACGGAAGUGGAUUCACAAGAAUAGAUGAAUGUCAUCCUGCAUAUCUACCUUUGCACUAUGUUUUGUUAUUCCCUUAUGGUGAACUAGGGUGGAGCACCGAACUCGCGCAGUGGGACGGAAAAAACUACACAGAUACAAGAUUAAGUCAUAUGCAGUUCUUCGACUACAGACUCUUCGAGCGGAAAUCAGAAUAUUCGACAAUUCUGAGAGGAGGCAAGCUUUUCCAAGAAUUCUUAGUGGAUGUGUGGGCUUCGACUGAACAGAACCGUUUGGAUUGGCUAAGGUUUAACCAAAGGAAGCUGCGCGCAGAUCAUUAUGCUUCCAUAAUAAAAAUGAAAGAAGCUGGUAUAAUGCCUAAUCAAGGAGGUACACCAUGUGUUCUGCCAUCAUCACAUAUUGGAAGUCCAAGACACAUGUAUGAGAUCUACCAAGACUCGAUGGCAAUUACACGGUUUAACCAUCAUCCUGAUAUUUUUCUGACAAUGACUGCAAAUCCGAACUGGACAAAAAUAAAAGACGAGCUUAAACAACAUCAAUAUGCAUCGGAUCGUCCUGAUUUAGUGGCACGAGUUUUUGAAUUGAAAAGGAAAACAUUGAUGAAUGAGAUAACUAAAAAGAAUGUGUUUGGAGAAGUUGUCGCACAUGUGCAUACCAUUGAAUUUCAGAAACGUGGACUACCGCAUAUGCACGCGCUAAUAUUCUUGGAGAAGUCACAGAAAAUACGUACAGUUGAACAGGUAGACGAAUUUGUUUCAGCCGAAUUUCCUGAUGAAAAAGAAGAUCCAAUACUCUUUGAUACAGUGAGGAAAUGUAUGGUGCACGGACCAUGUGGUGAUAGGGAUCCAGAGGAAAAUGUACUAAAAAUUACCCCAAAAAAUACAAUGAUGCUACGUGCUUAGAUGGUGGAGGGUGCCCAGUCUAUCUCCGACGAGAUGAUGGAAGAGAAGUUAUUGUUCGCAAUAAACGUAAGGCAUACAAUACUGAUGUUGUACCUUAUAAUCCACAUUUAUCGAGAAUGUUCAACUGCCAUAUAAAUGUUGAAGUAUGUGCUGGCAUAAGAACGGUCAAAUACAUAAAUAAGUAUAUCUACAAAGGAUAUGAUAAAACAACGGUUGUUGUUGGAGCAAAAGACGAGGUUCAGAUGUAUAUUGAUGCAAGGUAUAUUGGACUGCCUGAAGCUGCAUGGCGUUUGUACAGUUAUUCAAUGCAUAAGGAACAUCCGCACGUCGAAAGAUUGGCAAUCCACUUUCCCGGGAAGCAAAGAAUUAUCUAUGAAUCAGCAGGGACAAUUAUCUAUGAAUCAGCAGGGACAAUAGACGGUGUUGCUAAAUAAGCUGAGAACUACAAGUCAACGUUGAUGGCUUACUUUGAGUAUUAUGCUGAAAAUUCAAUAACACCUGCAUAUACGUACCAAGAGUUCCCGCAGCACUUUGUGGGGGAUAAUAAAAAGUGGAAAAUUAGGCAACAGGGUUUCGCAAUUGCUAGAAUGUAUUUUGUUUCUCCCAGCGCAGGAGAAUUAUUCUAUUUGAGAUUGUUAUUGGUCGUUGUUGCAGGUGCCAAUUCGUUUGAGAAACUAAGAACAGUAAAAGGUGAAUUGCAUUAUACGUUCAAGAAAGCCUGCAUAGCACUUGGAUUACUAGCCGAUGACAGCGAAUGGCUAGAAUGUCUUAUAGAGGCCGUGGAUAUCCAAACAGGCAGCGAACUGAGGAAUCUAUUUAAGAUCAUCUUAUCUGAUUGUAACCCAACUGAACCAGAAAUAUUAUGGGCGGAGUUUGGCUUGAAAAUAUGCGAUGAUCUUCCAAACAGAUUGAAAACAGUGUUUGACAUUCCAAAUCCAACGGAUGAACAGACACUGGAUUAUGGAUUGUUUUUAUUGGAUAAAUUGCUCCGUGUAGGAGGUAAAAAACUAAAAGAUUUUUCUACAAUGCCGCGAUCGAAAGAAAAUUGGGGUAAAUUUUUUGGAAACAGGUUGAUAUGCGAACAUAGGCUACUUCAGUCUGCAAUAAAAGAACCAGAACUCCGGCGAAAUAUUGUAGGCUUAAACCCGGAACAAUUGUCGGCGUACACCACAAUAACAGAGUCUGUUGAUAAAAUGGAUGGCCGUACCUUUUUUUCUAAAUGGCAGUGUAGGAACAGGCAAAACAUUUUUAUACAACACAGUAGCUGCGAGCUGUCGACUCAAAGGAGACAUAGUUCUCACCGUUGCGUCAUCAGGUAUUGCUUCAUUAUUUUUGGUGGGUGGUAGAACUGCCCAUUCAACUUUUAAGAUUCCGAUAGAGAUAAAUGAAGCCAGUGUAUGUUCGAUUCCUAAACAGAGUUCAGCAGCUAAGUUUCUUAAAGAAGCAAAACUGAUUAUAUGGGACGAAGCACCGAUGCAACAUAGAUUUUGUGUGGAAUCGGUUAAUAAAUUAUUUAAGGAUAUCCGCGAGAACGAAUUAGCUUUUGGAGGUAUUACUGUUGUUAUGGGUGGAGACUUCAGGUAAACUUUGCCGGCUAUACCAAAUGGAGGUCGUGCAGAUGUUGUAGAUGCAUGUGUUAGAAGAUCUGUACUUUGGAAUAAUAUAUAUAACAGUUCUAACACUUAGAAAGAAUAUGCGUCUUGAUCUACAAGAUCCAGAAAACAAAACUUUCGCAUAAUUCUUGCUCAAGGUCGGGACAGAACCAGAAGAAAAAAUUCAACUACCUUCAUCGGUAAAUAGAUGCAGAGACAUGAAGGAACUUAUAUGCAAGUUGUAUCCCCGUUUGUCCAAAUUGCAUCCCCAUUCAGGAACAUCUGGUCAGCUAUCAGAGGAAGAGCUGACUGAGAGAAUAAUUCUAUCAGCGCGUAAUGACGAUGUUAAUGAAAUAAACAUGGAAGUAUUGGAUAUUUUAGAAGGGGAAACAUUCACUUAUUUGGCUGCGGACAAA